AUGAUUUUUUCAUACUGUUCAAUAAUUCUUUUGUUAUCGACAUUCGUUAACACUCAAUCUCUUUCGGACGAAAUUAAUUCUCUCCCAUCAUGCUCGGAUAGUUGUCUCGAUACUGCUACAAGAACACUUGGAUGUAGUAUUGGUGAUUAUAGUUGCUUUUGUGCAGACGAAAGUGGAAACUCGGCACAGAGUUCAACCAUAUCGAAUGCAACCACCUGUAUACAAGACUCAUGUAGUCUGAUUGAUGCUAGCACUUCCUUGAAGGUUGUUGGCCAGAUUUGUGUCCUUAUUAAUGACCCCACAUCCUCCUCUUUGAGCUCUUCAUCAGCAAGAUCAAGCGCCUUGAGCUCUUCCACUACGUCAUCACAAAGUAGUACAACUUCGAGUAGUGUAGUGUUAUCUACUUCGAUGGCCUCUGCUUCGGUGACCGCGACUGCUACGCCAAUAGCACUAGCAAGCUCGCCGUCUAGCACAGCGACGUCUUCCAAUGACUCUUCGGGUAAGGGUAUGAGUGACGUCGCGAAGGCUAUGAUUAUUCUGGCCGUCGCGGCCUUGUUACUAAUACUUGCUGUCGGUGCAUGGCUAUUAUGGAGACGGAGAAGGAACCAGAAAAACUCUUCAACAAGAGGGAAGUUCAAGAACCUUGACGAAGAUGAAGAGAUGGGUAAGACGCCGGUGGAACUCCAAGGAAAUGAUACCCAAAUAUUCAAGUGGGGAGGUAUUGGCGUUCGGAAAUCAUUUAGGGUCCACACUCAACGGAUCACUUCAUACAUGUCGCCAACCUCCCCGAAGAACAGAAACCGUGGUGAAUCUUGGGGAGAGCCACGAGGCCUCCUCUCGACGAUAGAUGAAAACUUACGAGGAGUGGGACAAAGUCCUGAGCCAGUUGAUCGAAUCGAUACUAGUCCCGUAAGGUGGCCUUCGACAUCCACCGCUAACUCCCCUACAUCUCCUGAGAUGGUCGAACCUAGAGGUGCCCUAUUCCCUCCUCAUCACUCUCGUAAUAACUCCAACUCACGAGAAUCCUUGCCGCCCAUAUUACCGGCACUGGAUCUACCUGCUAUAACCCUUUCGACAUCCUCUAGACCUAAUACCCCACAUCAAUCUCUACCUCGAACCCCGCCACCACCUGAAGUCCCUGUAAAGACCAUUGCUCGACUUGAUAGGCCUUUCUCAGAUUUCCCCCACAAUAUGCCACCUUCACCCCGGACCGCUGGAAUCUCCUACGGCGCCCUGGCACGCUCGCUCUCAGUCGCCGAAACCCCAUCCUCUCCCCGAGCUCUCCAAACUCGAUCCCGCCAUUCCAUCUCAUCUAUCCCCAACACACCUCGAACACCCACCACAACCACCGAGUUUGCCUCACCCACCUCCCCACCCAUCCAAUCCCCCUCCGCGCAAUCUUUCCACACCUUCGGCGCCCGCUACUCCACCCACUCCCAAGCUUCCGUCUCCACCUUUCAAACCUUCCCCAUUUCUCCCCAAGACAUAACCGAAGUGCCUCCCCUCCCCAACAUUUCCUCCAUCUACCCCACAUCAACAUACCCAUCCCUUCCUCCCAGCCGCCCCACCACCUCGGAAUCCUCCCGCCCCCAAACCGGAAAAUACUACCACAGCAAACAAACCUCCAUCUCAAAAGUAAAACCCAAAAUGAUCUACCUCUCCAACACCCCGGGUAUCUCCAUCGUCCCCUCCGACUCCAUCUUCGCCACUCCCGAACCCAUUCUCCGCGCUCCCCCCUCAAACAAUCCCUUCCUCACUCAAAAUGAAGAGAAAUCCUCCAAACCCAUCAUUUCCAUCAAACCCGUCAUCGACCGCUUUGAUACCGUCAGUUCCUGCGGCUCGCAGAGUAGCAGCGGAAAACCUAAUUUGAAACCUCACGUGGAAGAAUUGUUCCAAGAGGGUGCGGAGAAGAAACGUUUCCAGGAACGCCAAGAAGAGAGGAGGAUGAAGAGGAAAGAGAGAUUGAUGCAUGGACAGGGAAGUGGGGAUUUGGGAGAGAGGGUCACGAGUUGGUAUGAUGCUACUGGCUAG